AGUGCUACAAUUACGUCUGGCUGCCUUAUUUUAUUAAUCUAAUUAUAAUUAGGUACAGAUUCACAAGUAGGUACUAUAUUACUUAUUUAGUGGAGUUUUGUGUGAAAGUGUAAUUAUCAAAACUGUCAUUAAAAUCUGAUUCCUCUUUUUUUAAACAGUGAGGUCGAUAUUUAAAUGGGUUAUAAACUAGGAGCAAACACGCAACCUACCUGAAUAUAUUUAAUUAUUGAUAUUUUCUUGCUUUGCUUAAGAAUCUAGUAUAAGUAAGUAUGACUGCUUAUUAUCUUGUUUGACAUGAAAUUAUCACGAGUUUAAUUUUAGAUCCCAUGGGUUCUCUUUUCCUAUCAUUUACCUACUAAAUCAUCGUAAGUAAUAAUAACCUCUCCAUAGUUUCGGGUGUUAUUUAUGUAGCAAAAUAAUACCUAUAAUUUAGUAAGAAAAUGGCGCACGAAGAAAAACUACCCACCUCUAAGCGCGACACGCGCUCGCAGCGUGACGCGAUUAAAUUAAAAGCGACAACAUGUGUUUUCCUUCCCACAGGAAAAUACAUUAGCCAGAGCAUUUCCCGGCGUCUUCUCUCUUUGUCCCACCAGAGUCUUCGACGCUCCGCUAGAAAGAACGCUCGACAUGGCGCCCUCGAAAGCUAACGGGGAGCUUUCAACGUAAAUCUGAUAAAGCAAACACAUUACGACACAAACACAAAGAAAAUUUCUUCUCAACACUAUCGUUAUAAGCUCAACGUGGAUCAUCUGGCUCUUUCACGCACGGAGUAUAACUAUGGACAGAGCGAGAAGGGUAUAACUUACCGGUUACAACUGCGGAGCGGGCGUCAUUGGAUGAAAAAGUUUACGCUGUACCGCCCUCCUCACCGCGUGCAGGGUUGCCGGGCCCGUUUCGUUUACAAAAUAUUUUCUUAGAAACAGUAAGUCGCCUGGGCCGAGGGGCGGCGACGCGGGAGCCCGCAGUCAUGCUGAGAGCCUCAGCGGAGUCGGUGGACACACGUCGCGAAGCUUUUCAUCUCUACCAAAAAAAAUUGCUCGGUUACAAACACUCUACCAAACUGAUGCUACCGAUUACACCUCAUUUCGUCACAGAAUGCGGCUGUGAAAUCAAAACUAAAUUUUUAUAACACCACGUCAACCAACCACUGUGAUCAAUGCUCUAAUUUCUUGGAGAUACUGAAAAAUAUUUUCUAUGUCGAUUUAGAUUCAGUGAAGUGCUCUGAAUAUAUUUUCGUGUGCUAACCGACAAACUACUAUUUGUGAUUUUACUUACGUGAUUGUUGAAACGAAGACUGACUGAAAAUUAUUCAAGAAAGCAAGAUCACGAGAAAAUUUGGUGAAGAAACAGAAGCACACCUAAGUAGUAAUUAAGUGAAGUGGAAAAGCGUCAGCGUCGACGCUGUUAAAAACCGAGGCUCCAGCGGGGGACACCCGCCGCGUGGAUGGUGGCGGGUGAAUGGGGCUAUGCGCCGGCGUCGGCCACCCCUGCCAUGAACGCCUUCCUCGAAACGAACCACGCGCACCUGGCGUCCUACGGGCUGAAAAUGUCACCGCAGCCGGCUUGCGGCGUGGGCCCGCAGCAUCGGGCCACUGCACCGCACCCGCCGCCGCACCACCCACCGCACUACCAGCCCUACCCGCUGCAUUCCUACCAGCCUGGGUACCUGCGCGAGUACGGUGGCUGCGGCGAACUGUUCCCGCAGCAGCCGCUCGAGCAAAGCUGGGAUUGGCGUGGCGACAUGCACUACCAGGGCGGCGCCCCGCCGCUCGUGCCUCACGCGCAUGCCCAUGCUCCGCACGCCUUUCUGCGCUACGUGCGCGCUCCUCCGAGGCGCGACAUGCGCUGCCAGUGGCUCGACCCCGAGCAACCACCCCCGCGCAAGUUGUGCAACAAACUCUUCUCGAGCAUGCACGAAAUCGUGACGCAUCUUACAGUAGAACAUGUCGGUGGACCUGAGUGCACGACGCACGCCUGCUUCUGGCAAGGUUGCUCGAGGAACGGUCGCCCGUUCAAAGCGAAAUAUAAGUUGGUGAACCAUAUACGCGUGCACACUGGCGAGAAACCCUUCCCUUGCCCGUUUCCCGGCUGCGGAAAAGUGUUUGCCCGAUCCGAAAAUCUCAAGAUACAUAAACGAACACAUACCGGUGAAAAGCCGUUCAAAUGUGAAUACGCUGGUUGCGAUCGUCGAUUCGCAAACUCUUCCGACAGGAAAAAGCAUUCGCACGUGCAUACGUCUGACAAACCGUAUAACUGUCGUGUGCACGGCUGCGACAAGUCCUACACACACCCGUCGUCGUUGCGCAAGCACAUGAAGGUUCACGGCGCGGCCGGAGACGCGUCUCCGCGCUACGACAGUGACGGGGACGACUCCUCGUCCGCGGGUAGCGUCAGCGUCACCGCCGGCGCCAGCAGCCCCCCGGCGCCGCUGCCACCUCCGCCCGCUACUGCGCCAGCGCCAAUGCCGCCGCACCACCCGCCCCACCAUGCUUCAAUAGCAGACAAACUCGAAAGCCUCAACAAUAAGUACCUCAAUCCCCACGAUCAGAAACCCUACGAACGACCACCCGCACCGCCUCACCACAAUCAAGCUCCACAUCUCACUAAUAUCGGAGGCAACGGCGUAAUGGACAAUAAACUCGGUUUUGGUGGGCACUGGAGCCAAUUUCAGCAACCAGCCCCCGCAAUGCCGCAUGGAGUACCUGACUGGUGGUGUCCCACACAGGAGACCUACCACCACCACCAUUUAAUGCACCACUCAGGUGCUGCCGCUGCCUACUGACAGCAUCGCACUUAGGGAACUCUUCACUCGACGAUCACGUCACGCACUCUUCUAUGGCGGGAAUCAAAAUAAAAUCGUAUUUAAAGGAAAUAUUACUUAAAAACUCUUUCGUUUGCUACACGAUGAUUAUUUGAUCCAUUUAUGCUAUGUUGAGUCAGUAUGAAAUUAAUUAUUUAUUAACGUGGAAUGAAAAGUUUCCUAAGGCGCCUUAAUAGAUGUUUUAAUUGUAGUGCACCCUACGCUUAUAUUAAUUGUAUUAGUCUGACCUCUGUAAUACUUAUACUAAAAAAAAACUUCUUAUAUUUGCACUAACAUUGCUGGUUGCGCUACUUGCGCUACAAUUUACUAUUGUCCGUAAAAGGCGUAUAUAAAUUAUAGGGAUUGAAGAGCUCAGAUUAGAAAAAUUUAGUAAUCGGUUGUUUGUUUUAAAACAACGAAUUAGAAUUAUUACGGUGAACACUGUAAUUUAAUGUCUUAUACUUAUCACGUUAUGAAAUGUUAAUUUGUGAGCACCAUAGGUAUGUCCAUUUCUGAUAUUUUUUGCUUGCGUCCCUCUGGCAGUACAGGAAAGCUUUAUAUAAAAAUACUUGUUUCAAUAAGACAAACUGCAAAUUACUCAACUGCCUCGUUGACCGUGAUUUGAUACAGCCUUUUAGAGAAAUAAGAAGCGAUGUACAAAAUGUUCUGUUAUUAAUUCUAUGAAUAAAUGACUUUAUUGAUUGUUAAAUACAAGGUGUUUGCGGUGACGUAUCACCAGACUUGCAGGGGACUCAUAAUUUAAGAAACAUGAAAUGAGACAAAUUGAGCAGCGAGGCCAAAGCACCGAAGUCCAUUAAGACUACGAUUUGUAGUAUUUAAAUUUUGUGUACAUUUUUUACUUUAGGAUAAUUAGCGUCAUGUAAAGUAUAUAGAUUAAGAUGAAUGCCCAGUGAUAAUAGGUAUAAGCAAUUGAUUUUAAAAUAAGUUAUCAGUGUCUUUGCUAUUGAAUUGUGCUAUCCACUUCUGAACUUUACGAUUAUAGCUAUACUUAUAUAAAAAUAUUGAUGUAUCUAUUUUUUCACAUACUGACAUAUUAUAAAAAGGCAAAACCUAUUUAUAUUGCAUAUAAAUGACUGAAAGAGCACCAUGUAUUCUAAGUUAUUUUAAGAGGAUAUUGUUGAAUGCCUUUUCUACAGCCAUGUAAAUAGCAGACUUUUAAAAGUAAUAAAAAAUCGUAUUUGAAUUCUAA